GAAUGAGGCAUGGAGAGAGGGGCUCGUUUAUAAAUACUAACGCGCGGCCUUACAAUAGGCAGUCGUGGCAGCGUACACCUCCGUUUCAAAAUGAGGACGCUGGCGAUCACGUUAUGUUUUACCUUUGCGGUCGCAUUAGCUGUACCCAUCAAGGAGAAUAGUGAAGUUUCGAGGGAUAAAAGGUCUCCGGGCUGGCACUCAGAACCCGAGGGAGUUUGGGAAAAAAAACUUGUCUGGAAAGAGGACUGGAAACAGAUUUGGAAAACUGAAAAAAAAUUAAUAUGGAAAUCUGAAUGGAAGAAAGAAAAAGUGCCGGCGUGGAAGACAGAAAAGGUUCAGCAAUGGAAAGAAGAACAAGUGCCCGCCUGGAAAGUAGUACAGAAACCCAUAUGGAAGGAAGUUCAAGUACCAAUUUGGAAAGAAGUUCAGGUUCCAGAUUGGAAAAAAGUAUCGAAACCAGUAUGGAAAGAAAUACAAGUACCGGUAACGAAGACGAUACAAGUACCAGAGUGGAAAAAAAACUUUGUCCCUGAAUGGGUUAAGGAAGGAGUACCCGGUGAAAAAUAUCUAGGCAAAGAUGAGCACGGCUGGGAAUACACAAGUCAUGAUCUUUGGAGGAAAAAGUUAGUGUGGAAACCUGUGUGGAAAAAAAUAUGGAAACCUGUACAAAAACAAGAAUGGGUGACCGAUAAAAAAUUGGAAUGGAAAGAUGAAUGGAAACAAAUUUGGAGAACUGAAAAGAAACAAGCUUGGGUAACAGAAAAGAAACAAGAAUGGGUAGAAGAGAAAGUUCAAGUUUGGAAGACAGUCAAAAAAGAAAUAUGGGUUCCGGUCCAAAAGAAAAUCUGGGUAGAGAAAUGGAAGCAAAUCCAAGUGCCCGUAUGGAAGACCAUCGAAGUGCCAGCCUGGAAGAAGGUAUGGAAACCUGUAUGGCAAAAAGUCUGGGUACCAAUCCAUCAUGAACACCACGAACACCACGAACACCACGGCUGGGAUAAAUAGGUAGAUUUAUGAUUAUAGUUUUGUAUUGUAAAUAUUUAGUCAUUUGUUAUUUGAUUGUUACCGUGAAAAGAUUUAAGUUUUCUUUUGUUUUGUAAAUAAUGUUAAUCGAGUCGAAGUUAUUGUCUCCGUUGUGGUUUAUACACCAGCUCUCGAUGUUUGAGGCGUACGCGAAGGCGAAUGCUUUAUUAGUUGCGACUGUAUAAAGUUAAACCUAGCGAAUGUAUUUGGCUUUGCGUGCGCCCUGAGACUUAACUCUUAAUAUUGUAUUGUUUAAACCAAUAUAAAUAUUAGGAGUUUAAGUCCUUUUAAUCUAUUUAACUAUACGUGUAAUUUUUUCUUCAAUCAUCUGCCGUGAAAACGUCAUAGUCAUAAUUAUUUUGAUUUUGUUGUCUAUUUAAGUCAUGACUAAAACGUAGAGGCUAAUAUUUAUCGAAGCCAAAUAUAUAUAUAUAAAUUUUGAAUAUUUCUUAUAUUCCACAUGGAAUUUCAGUUACAAAAAGUAUAUAACUCAAUUAAAAAAUAUAUGAAAAUUUCAUAAAACGAUGAUGUUUAAAUGAAAACAGCUACCACAUACAUACGUUUUAGUAUUGUCUAUCACAUACAAAUGAAAUGUACGUUUAUAAUUCACGUAUAAAGUUACCUUAUUUAAUAAA